GGAGACCUUGAGGAGGUGAGGAGGAUGCUGAGGAAGGGCGUAGACAUCAACUCGUGCAACUACGACGGCAAGACGAUCAUGCACAUGGCAGCCUCCGAGGGAAACUAUCGAGUAGUUGAGCUUCUGCUGGAGGAAGGAGCUGAAAAGAAUCAGAAGGACAGGUGGGGCAACACGCCGCUACAGGAUGCGAUCAAUAACACCCAGGGCCCAGUCAUCCAGCUGCUC